GGAGAUAGACUGAUAGAGUCGUCGCAGGAGAGGGGAGAGAGAGAGAGAGAGAGUAACAAAGGUGGUAGAUGUGAGCCACCCUCUUUCUAUCCCUCGCCAACUUCUUCUCCUACCAACUUCUUUUUCCUCCCCACACCCCUCCCCUCCCAUCCUCCGCGCGGCCGCUCCUCGCCGCUCUCCGCUGCCGCCCGCCGCCGGCCGGCCUCGCCGGUGGCAUUUGAAGUAUGGUUAGCUUGAGGAGACGUCGACUAUUGGGGCUUUGUUCUGCUUUUGUUUCAGGGAAAGAUUCAUUGCCAGUAGAUAUUCCCAAGCCUAUUGAGAAUGAAAAAACUGUGGAAGUUGCACACUCCAAUGUGAAGCCAUUCAGUGUGCAUCCACUGCCCUUGACAAACACUUCUGAUGUGCUCACAGAAUCCCCCAAUGGUUCUGACCCUUUGAAGGAAGAGAAAACCCAGUACUAUCCAGGCAAGGAAAUCAAGCGCAGAAAGAGACAUAGAAGAAAACAGUAUGUGGACCAAGAGCCAUGCAUUAUGAGGGGUGUCUAUUUCAAAAACAUGAAAUGGCAGGCUGCAAUAAAAGUUGACAAGAAACAGAUUCACUUGGGUACGGUUGGGACACAGGAUGAAGCAGCCCGACUUUAUGAUAGGGCUGCUUUUAUGUGUGGAAGGGAGCCAAACUUUGAGCUUUCUGAGGAAGAGAAGCAAGAACUGCAGAAGUACACCUGGGAGGACUUCUUGACAGUGACUCGAAAUACCAUAACCAGCAAAAAACAAAGGAAGGUUGGGUUGCAUAGGCGUAGCAAGGCGGACUUGUUCAUGGGACAGAGUGAUGGUGAUACUGAGAUGGUUAAUGGUGGCGGUGGCUCUUCAAAUUCUGACAAUGGAGAUGUGAGCAUCGGCAUCGUAGAUCGCUCCCAUAGGUCAUGGCAACCCUAGUGGAGUUCCCCAACGCAUUCAUUUCGAUCAAGAUAUGAUCUCCGUUUAGGAUUUUGUUCACUCAAUAAUUAAUUUCCUGUGCAUAAGGCCCUUGUUGGUCUGAUAAAAGGUUAGAGAAAUCAUUCCAUCAGAAAUAAGAAUUGGAGGUGGUCCAUAUAGGAGCAAUUUAUCCGAACAAUCAUGUAUACCGGUUCCAAAAUUGUGUAUAUGUACCGAUAGGUUCACUGCAAAUUUUACGUAACAUGUAAUUAGUUUACGGUAUCAUUUAUCUGAAAGAAAUUGUUUCCUUUC